GUCAAUUCCACCACCACCUGGCCCUAUCUUUGGAUCCUUUGCAUCUCCGACCGCAUUCUUCAGUCCCAGUAUCCAUUGGUUGCUCUAGAGAUAUUGCCAGAAACACACCGCGCCCGCUCACUACGGUAUGUCAUCAACCCAUUCCCCGCCCUUGAGGGUUACCAGGGGGGGCACUGCUCGAGCCGAGCCUUUGUCGCAACGACGCGGCCCAGCCCCUACUCCGUUAUCCGACUCCUGCUCCUGGGCCUUGCUUCAGUCCUGUGUCUUACUCUUCCAAGCUCGCUCUGCUGACGAGACACGUUCUCAUCUAGACCCUCUUGUGCCGCAUCCAGCGCGUCUCGACACCAUUGACCUGCUUUUUGCCUCCCACGUACGCUCUCCCCCAUCGGGCGAGCUCGCUCGACUCGACUCGCCGUCUAGCUUAAUCUCAAACCCCUCCCUUCCUGACAGACAACAUCACCAGACCGAGUAAAAAUCAACACCACCCUUCAACUCUCCACGCACGCAAACGACACAUACACACACGCGAGCUUCCGCCCACCCUCACAUCAUCGACGUGGUUCAUGGGCGGCCGAGGACAGCACAAUACAUUGCGGUAAUCGGAAGCUCCAUUGUCUGAGCCGAUACUCGAUGCAGCUGGACCCGUACCUCGACUCCCAUGCGCAAACGCGAGCUACCCCGGCUUUCCCUCGUUUCCAAUCUCACAUAAGCUGUUGCUGCGAACCCACUGCCUCGUUCACCACGGCUGCAUCGUAAUUGAGGCACCACCAAAACCAACCCCACCCGCGAAUCUCAGGUAGAUGGCCGAUGGUACUCGCUAUCUGGACCACUCUGUCGGAGAUCUCUACCUCAACUCUCUCAUACCGAAAGAAACCGCCGCCGACGCCAUACCCUUGAACACGCUCCUGCGCCAAUUCUCUGCCAAAGACUCGAAUACACCUACACCGUCCAAUCCGAUCCCACGGGCCAAUCUGCUAGGGAUGUUCUCUCAGAAUCACCAGCAGGGCCCCAACUCCCGCAUCAAUGGGGGCCACGGCGGCCGGGGCAUCCCGAUGCUGUACAACUACCAACAGCAGCAACAGCAACAUCACCAGACUCAUCUCCAGCACCACCAAGCUGCCCAGGCCGAACAUGCUGCGCACAAUGGCAAUGGAGGUGUGAUGGGCCACCACUCGGCCUUCUCCUCCGGCGUCAUGGGGAAUUCUAGUCCGUACAGUAGCAAUGCUAUGCAAAACGGGCAAGGAGGAGCCACGCGAGGAGGACAAGCACAACAAAUCACCGAACAUUGGGCGGAGCAGCUCCGAUUCUACGAGGAGUCCAAACAAGCCCACCGUGCCAUGACCGAACAGAACCAGCCGCACUACUACGCCAGACUAAAGGCUUCAGAGAACCGUGGCAUUGCCGGUCCUCCGCCAUCUUCGGGCAAGAACGGCGACGACGAUGCGGACGAUAGGAGACGACCAUAUAGCGUAGAGAAGAACAGGGAACGGCAGAACUGGCACAAUAUGGACCUCAGCGGCCAGGGAUUGCGUAAUCUCGCACCCGCUCUUUUCCGCUACCAGUUCCUCCACGACCUCUUCAUCGCCUCCAACAGGCUUCAGAGUCUCCCUCCCGCGAUCGGCCAGUUGCGCCAGCUCCGUUACCUCAACAUGUCGUUCAACCAGAUCAAGAUUCUUCCCCCAGAACUCGGCAUGUGCACCUACCUCAACCAGCUACUCCUCUUCGACAACCAAAUCCAGACACUCCCCUUCGAGCUCGGCUCUCUACACUUGCUCGACGUUCUCGGCAUCGAGGGCAACCCCAUCGACCCGGAUAUGAAACAGGAAAUCAUGGAGAAGGGCACCAAGAGCCUGAUCAAUCUCCUCAAGGAGCAAGCCCCGAUUCCGAUGCCACCCAACCCGAGAAAGCUCAUUACUGUACAAGAAGAUGUUUCGCCUACUUUGGAAAAGGUCAGAGUCUUUUCUUGGAACGUCUUGUGCGACAAGUACGCGACACCGUCAACGUACGGAUACACGCCCACGGGCGCAUUGAACUGGGAAUACCGGAAGGACUGCAUUUUCAGCGAAUUGAGGGAGAAAGACGCGGAUCUGCUGUGCCUGCAGGAGAUCUCGACGGAGGCGUUCAAGGAAGAGUUCAGCCCGGAACUGGCACAGAUGGAUUACAAGGGCGUGCACUGGCCCAAGACUCGCGCGAAGACCAUGGCGGAAAAGGAUGCACAGGGUGUGGAUGGUUGCGCCACUUUUUACAAGGCCAGCAAGUGGAUUUUGCUCGACAAGCAGGUCAUCGAAUUCGCCGCCAUCGCCAUCAACCGGCCGGACAUGAAGAAUCAACACGACGUCUUCAACCGUGUUAUGCCAAAGGACAACAUCGCCGUUGUGGUAUUCCUCGAAAGCCGAGCUACCGGCGCACGCAUCAUCCUAGUCAACGGACAUUUGGCCUGGGAGUCUGUGUUGGCGGACGUCAAGUUGAUCCAGACGGGUAUCUUGAUGGAGCAAGUCACGAAGUUCGCCGAGAAGUACGUUCGCUGGCCGGCACUCAAGGACAAGAAGCCCAUCGUCUUCUCUGCUACUGGCAAAGAUGGGGAGGAGCCAACGCCCCCGCCGGCUAAGGAACCGGGGCCCAGCCAGGAGUACCGCAACAAUACCGACAUUCCCCUCCUCGUGUGCGGUGAUUUCAACUCAACCGGAGACAGCUCGGUCUACGAGCUCUUGUCUAUGGGACGCGUUCCUCCCAACCACCAAGAGCUAUCGUCCUUCCAGUAUGGUAGCUUCACGAGGGACGGUAUUGAGCACCCCUUCAGCUUGCGGGAUGCGUAUGCUCACAUCAAGAACACUCCCGACGAAAUGCCCUUCACCAACUACACGCCUGGCUUCUCAGAUGUCAUUGAUUAUCUGUGGUACUCCACCAACACACUGGAAGUGGUGGAUCUGCUUGGCCCGCCCGAUCCCGAAUACCUCAAGCGGAUGCCGGCGUUCCCCAAUUACCACUUCCCGGCCGACCACAUCCAGAUUAUGGCCGAGUUCGUCAUUAAAGCUAGAAAGGAUAAGAAGUCGCCGCACCCGGAACCGGAUUUUGGAUCAGGAAGCGGGCAAGGCCGGUAGACGGGGGCGUCUGACGACUUGUUUCCAGUAGUUUAGUCUUGAAAGGCAGUCGCGCGUUUACGUUCAGGGAAAUUCUUUUGCCGGAGUUUAGGAUUGCGAUGCUUUUCGCGAAUCGGAGGAACUGGCGGGGGGAUGGUCUUUUGGCGAGGGAGGCGAAAGUUCAUGAGAUGACAGCAAACACAAAACAACCUAAGAGAAACGGGAGGAAACAUGGUGGGAGGGGGGGCUUUGGGGCGGUUCUUCAUCGUCGGAAAUGCAUCGUCAGGGGCUGUGG